CAUCCAUUGAGGUGGCUUACAGGGAUGUGACUGGUGCUCAUGCUACAGCUUCUUGGAGGCACAGAUUUACUCUUCCACUGCCCCAUCCUUACCAUGCAGGAAAGAAUCAGGAGAGGACAGGAAGAAUCUUCUGACAGGGUCAGGCCUGCUAGUUUCUAAACCCGAAGUGAUCUCCCAGCUGGAGCAAAGGAAGGAGCCUUGGGCCCGAAAGAGAGACAGUGCUAGAGCCAUCUGUCCAGGUUGGGAGACAAGGUCUAAGACCAAGGUGUCAUCUCUCAUGAAGGAUAUUCCUGAAGAAGGAUCAUACAGGGUCAGGAUUUUGGAAAGACUCAGAAGAGAUGGUCCAAGGGAUGUUAUGUUGGGAGAAGCAUGGGAAGUCAAACACCAGUUUGUAGUGCAACAGAGAAGCCAGAGAGAUGUUUGAGGCGAGUGGUGGUCACCCACAAGAAGGCCUCUCCUGGGGAAUCAGCCUGUGAAUCAGGAGGAAGCACCAAUAUGCAGCCAGUUAUUGUUGGCCAGACAAGAGUUACCAAAGGAAAAAAAAGAGUUACCAAAGGAGAGAGGCAUCUCUCAUCUGAUGCCUAUGGAGAGAGCUUAAGAGAGAAGGACUCAGACCUAGUUCAGCAGCAGAGGAAACUAUGGAAGUGCCUCGAUUGUGAGAAAGACUUCAAAUAUUGCUCUGCUUUUAUCCAGCUUCAGAGGAUUCAUACUGGGGAGAAACUCUAUGAGUGUAACGAAUGCAGAAAAGCCUUCAGUGACAGUUCAUCCCUUACUAAACAUCAGAGGACUCAUACUGGGGAGAAACCUUACGAGUGUCAUGAAUGUGGAAAAGCCUUCAGUGAUAGUUCAUCCCUUACUACACAUCAGAGAAUUCAUACAGGGGAGAAAACUUAUCAGUGUAAUGAAUGUGGGAAGACCUUUGGCCAAAGCUCACAUCUCAUUCUUCAUCAGAGGAUGCAUACCAGAGAGCAGCCCUAUGAAUGUAAUGUGUGUGGGUGACAGUUCAUUCCUUACUAAACAUCAGAGAAUUCACACAGGAGAGAAGCCUUAUCCAUGUGAUGAAUGCAGGAAAUCCUUUAGUGACAUAGAAUCCAUACUGGGGAGAAACCAUAUGAAUGUCUUGACUGUGGGAAGGCUUUCAACCAUAGCUCACUCCUUAAAAAACAUAGGAGGAUUCAUACUGGGGAGAAACCCUAUAAAUGUAAUGAGCGUGGGAAAACAUUCAGACAGAGACCAAACUUUACAUCAGAGAAUUCAUACUGGAGAAAAACCUUAUGAAUGUAAUGAAUGUGGUAAAGCUUUCAGUGACUGCUCAUUCUUUAUCAAGCAUCAGAGGAUCCACCAGAGAGAAACCUUAUGAAAGCCAUGAAUGUGGCAAAGCCUUCAGCCAGAGCCCACACCUUAUUCGACAUCAGAGGAUUCAUACCCAAGAGAAACCUUAUAAAUGUAAGAAUGUGGGAAGGCCUUCAGCCAAAGUUCAUCCCUUACAAAACAUGUGAAAACUCAUACUGGAGAGAAACAUUAUAAAUGCAAUGAAUAUGGCAAAGCCCUGACUCAGAGCUCAUUCUUGGCCAAACAUGUAAGAACUCAUACUGGAGAGAAACAUUAUAAAUACAAUGAAUGUAAGAGAGCCUUCAACAGUAGAGUGUCCUCCAUUAAGCAUCAAAGAACACAUAUGGGCCUCACCAAAAAAAAAAUAAGUAAAUAAAUUCAAGGAAAAAAAUUAUUAUCUCAAAGAACACAUAUGGAAGAAAAACUAUGUACAUGAAAGGAGGUCUAUUUAACCCCAGCUCAUCCAGCACAAAGCAUCAGAAAAUUCAGACCAGUGAGAAAGACUAUGAGAAAAAAUAAUACGGUAAAUCUUUGGGACAGUUCAGCCUUUAUUGACCUGAAGAGAAUUUUUACCAGAUGGAAAUCCCAUCAGUGAAGUGACUUGAUCAAAUGUUUAUCAAGCAUUUACUAUGCACUUAAGAAAGCAACAGGUGCUAGCUAGGGGGUUACAGAGAAGAAUAAACAAGGAAAGGAAAGGGAGUCAAGAAGCAUUUAUUAAAUGCCUAGUAUGUGCCAGGCAUUAUGCUAAGCACUGAUGAUACACAGAAAGGAAAAGGAGAGUUCAAUGGAGUCAGCAUGUCAGCAUGGUACAGGGGAGUGAGCACUGCAUUUACCAGAAGACCUGGGUUCAAAACCCAGUUCAGCCACUCACUCUGUAGCCAAGUGACCUUAUUAGAGCAUAUUUCUCUCUCUCAGCUUCAGGAAGAAAUUGGACUCCACUUUCUCUAGGGUUUCUUCUGAAUCGAUGACUAUUUUUAUCUCUAGCA